GAGAAAGAGAGACAGAGAUAUGGGAAGAGGGAAAGUAGAGCUGAAGAGGAUAGAGAACAAAAUCAACAGGCAAGUAACAUUUGCGAAGAGAAGAAAUGGGCUUCUCAAGAAAGCUUAUGAGCUCUCUGUUCUCUGUGAUGCUGAGGUUGCGCUCAUCAUUUUCUCCAACCGUGGCAAGCUCUAUGAAUUCUGCAGCAGUUCUAGCAUGAUGAAAACAAUUGAGAAGUACCAGAAGUGCAGCUAUGGUUCACUUGAGACCAACUGCUCCAUCAAUGAGAUGCAGAACAGCUACCAGGAUUAUUUGAAGCUAAAAUCAAGAGUGGAGGUCCUCCAACGAUCUCAGAGAAAUCCUUGGGAAGAGUUGGGUCCCCUAAACUCGAAGGAGCUGGAGCAACUUGAGCACCAGUUGGAGAAUUCUCUGAAGCAAAUUCGGUCUGCAAAGACCCAAUUCAUGUUUGAUCAACUGGCUCAUCUUCAGCACAAGGAACAAAUGCUGGUUGAAGCUAACAGAGAAUUAAGGAAGAAGCUGGAAGAGAGCAAUACAAGAAUCCCUCUCCGCCUUGGAUGGGAAGCUGAGGAUCACAAUAACAUUUCAUACAGCCGCCUUCCCACGCAGUCGCAAGGAUUGAUCUUCCAGCCCUUAGGCGGCAACCCGACAUUGCAGAUCGGGUACAAUCCUGCAGGCUCGAAUGAAUUGAAUGUUUCGGCUGCCGACCAACAUCCCAACGGAUUCAUUCCCGGAUGGAUGCUCUGAAUCGUUCCGCAAGUGAACUGCUUGCUGGAAGUUCCAUAUCAAGUACAUUUUCCAGUUUUUGCUAUGAUAUAUGACUCUUCUUCUUCUGGAUGACCUAUACGAAGAUCCAUCAUUCGUGGAUAUUGUCCAUGGACGUACCCUAAAAGGAAGGACAGUAUGAAUCCAAUCUAGCUUACUAUUUUGUAUAAGAAUAAACAUCUGUGCUGCUGAUAUUUGGAAUUCAUCUAUGUUAUUUAAUGUAUGGAAUCCUUUUUUG